AUGCAAUCUACUGAAUAUUCAAUUUCAUCAACAACUGAUCUUAUAACUAAUGGUACAUUUAAUCAAUCAUUAACAGAAUCAUCUAUCCAUAUAAAUGAUACUUAUAUAUUAACAACUGAAAAAUAUUAUAAUAUUGUUACAUCAAACUUGUUAGAUACACUUAGUACAUUGACAACAUUAUCCAUUCAUCAUCAUGAUCAUACAACGAUACAUUCAGAAUUUGCAUGUGUUCGUAGUGAAUUAUCUGAACCAGAUUUUCAACUGUAUGCAUGUUCUGGUAGUAAAAUUACAUCAUGGAUUGCAAGUAUCUUUUUGGUAACAAUGAGUAUAUUUGGAAUUAUAAAAUGUUUGACCGCUCAUGGAGUACUCAACAUAUUUGAUCUACGACGUACUGGAAUUAGUUUUCCAAAACGGCCAGAAUUUUUAGUACUCACAUGUUCAAGUUUACCACUAGUAUUUAGCGUUCUAUCAAGACCUCUAUUCACACCAUUAUCACCUACGCAUAAAUACUUCAUCUUAGGCUGGGGAAUGGCACAAACACGAUUCUUUUGUGAUCUCUUCACUAGAACCGCUUCGAUCUAUCAUCUUGUCUAUUGGGUUUACCGUACACCAAUAAUAAAUUUAAUCUGGUACAUAUGUUUUAUUUGCAAACUACAGUGUAAUAAAGUACGUGAUGAAACGAAAAGAUUGGCGGCAGCAAGAAAAGCUACGGUAAAAGCUACAAAAGCACCACCCAAACGUCAUAAUAAACAACAACCAGUUGGUCGGGGAAGAACCACAGAAUGGGGUUACACUGAUAAAAGAAGAAAAUCAAGGUCAAAUAAAAGUGUUCGAGGAACUACUGACACUGUAGCUGUUACACCUAUUUCAUCAUCAAUCAAUACUCUAACUAAUACGAAUGAAAUUAAUGCUCCAACAAACCAAAUUGCCAACUCUAAUGGGAUAAAUUUAAUUGCUGCACAACCAUUAUUUAUUGGUCAGAAUAAUGUAUUAAAUUCACCUAAUCAAUUACCUGGAAUAAUGCCCAAUUUAAGUGGUUUAAUGAAUCCUUAUGGUCAAAUGAUUCCUCAAAAUAUGAUGACUACACCUGAUAAUUAUAAUAUGUUCAAUAAUGGAUCAAUCGGACAACAAGCUAAUCCAUAUACAAUGAAUAUGAAUUAUGGAAUAGAUUAUAGAAUGACAAUGAAUAUGAAUAAUUAUAUUAAUCAAGUAAAUGCCUAUAAUCAAUCUAAUUUUAUGUAUCCUAUCAAUGGUGGUAUAAAUUCUGAUAUUACUAAAGAUACUAUCAAUAAUACAAUCAAUAAUGAUAAACCAUCAAUAAAUGAUAAAUCAGAAAAAUUUCAAUCAUUAAAACAAAACAUAAAAUUGAUAUUCCAUUACCAACAAAACAAUUUCUUUAUCGUUGUAAACGUAUUAUACCAGGUUGUAUUUAUUUGA